AAAGGCAGAGUGAAGAAUUUGCCACGUCGUGACUGAAGGAAUAAGAAAAAAACUUACAGGGAGAUCAACUCAGCAGCAUAUCUUCCAAGUUUGCUAACAGCCUACCAUUGCACGGCUUUGGAAGGAUCUUUGUUACGCUUUCUGAAGAGCAGAUAACGUUGUCACAAGUACAUAAUUGUGUCGCCUAAAAUUUGAUACCUGCUGUAGAGUAGAUGGCUCAGCUUCCUCCUGGAAUUCGCUUCAUCACUUCAUUUUCACGAGAUCAGUGGUAUAGAGCCUUCAUUUUCUCUCUGACUUUCUUCUUGUAUGCCAGCUUCCAUUUAUCAAGGAAACCUAUUAGUAUAGUUAAGGGAGAGCUGCAUAAGCAUUGCGCUGCUUCACAUGAAGUUGAAGUCAACUCCUACAAAGAAUAUGCUGCCCAGAUUCAGCCUGUCAAAAAGCCUUCUAAUGUAUCUCAGUGCGGUUGGGAGCCAUUUGAUAAGAACAACUACAAACAGUUACUGGGAGCACUGGAUUACUCAUUUCUGUGUGCGUAUGCAGUUGGAAUGUAUUUAAGUGGAAUAAUAGGAGAACGGCUACCUAUCCGGUACUAUCUGACGGUUGGGAUGCUUGCUAGUGGACUCUUCACUGCAAUGUUUGGAUUGGGCUAUUUCUAUAAUAUACAUAAUCUGUGGUUUUACAUAAUGGCCCAGAUAGCUAAUGGGUUGGUGCAAACUACUGGCUGGCCGAGUGUCGUUACAUGUAUUGGCAACUGGUUUGGAAAAGGAAGGAGAGGUUUGAUCAUGGGAAUCUGGAAUUCACACACUUCAGUGGGAAAUAUCUUGGGAUCCUUAAUUGCUGCUUAUUGGGUGUCUACGUGCUGGGGUCUCUCCUUCGUGAUGCCUGGUGUUAUCAUUGCUGUGAUGGGGAUUGUUUGUUUCCUGUUUCUUAUUGAACAUCCUAAAGAUAUAAGUUGCUCCUGCACACCAUCCAGUAGUUCUAAAACCUUCCUGAAUGGUGCAUCUCGAUUCAAAGUCCAGAUGCCGACCUUAAAUGCUAAGGAAACCAGCAAACCUCAGGAUCCAGAGAUGCAGCAUUUACUUAUUGACUCUGAAAAUUGCAGUGUGUCACUCAACUCCAGCACUGUGGUCACUGGGGAAGGUAAACAUGGGACAUCAGCUAUCAGCUUCCUUGGGGCCUUGCGAAUACCUGGAGUCAUAGAGUUCUCUCUUUGUCUUCUGUUUGCAAAGCUGGUGAGCUAUACUUUCCUCUUCUGGCUUCCCCUCUAUAUCACAAAUGUAGAACAUCUUGAUGCCAAAAGAGCUGGGGACCUUUCUACACUGUUUGAUGUGGGUGGAAUCUUCGGUGGAAUUUUGGCAGGUCUUAUUUCAGACAGGCUGCAGAAGAGGGCAUCAACCUGCGGAAUGAUGUUGUUGCUUGCAGCACCCACAUUGUACAUGUUCUCUGCAGUCAGUAAAAUGGGCCUUGAGGCUACUGUAGUGAUGCUGCUUAUCAGUGGUGCCCUGGUGAACGGCCCUUACGCGCUGAUCACCACUGCUGUCUCUGCCGACUUGGGUACCCAUAAAAGCCUGAAAGGGAAUGCAAGAGCCUUGUCCACAGUGACAGCGAUCAUCGAUGGAACAGGAUCUGUAGGUGCGGCUUUGGGGCCUCUCUUAGCUGGUCUUAUUUCCCCAUCUGGUUGGAACAACGUGUUUUACAUGCUCAUGGUGGCAGAUGCGUGUGCCUUGCUAUUCUUACUCCGUCUUAUUCAGAAGGAACUUCGGUGUAAUGCAGAUCAUACCCUGUUUAAAGAACACUGAGCUACGAGACCAGAUUCGGAAUAAGGACUGCGUCAGUGAUCAGAGCUCUUCCCUGGAAAACAAACUUCAUGGAAUGCAUUAUUCUAUAUUUAAGAGAUUCUGUUUGGUGAAGAACUUUGCAUGUUUACUGGAAGCAGUGUGAGAAAUGCAACUGUUAAAUCCCUGAAGCUCUUAUUUUUGCACAUGAAUAAGUACCUCAGGAUGGCAACUACUCGUCAGAUGAAGAGACAGGAACUUUGGGAAGGUUUUCGCAGCACGCCUCAACUGAGCCAAAGAGAAAUACCAAGUGCCUUUUUAUUUCUUUUGAUAGGAUGUUUUUAAUUAAAAUGCUGAACUGUGUAUUUUGCAAAAACAAGUCAAAAACUAGAGCAGAAGGAAGUUGAAAUCAUAACAGUCUAGCAGUGAAAUGUCCCAGUGUCAGUGAGCAAAGUAUGUAUCCCUUAUGUCAUGUUGCGCACAUCAAGGACAUCACUUUAUAGAGGACAAUACCAGCUGGUUAUUAAGAUGCACUGCUAUUUUAUCAUAGAAUGGUUUGGGUUGGAAGGGAUGUUAAAGAUCAU